AUGAUUCUGUUUGAAACAUUGUGCACCAGUCAAUGUAUGGAACUCAAAGGACUAUCAUCAUGUCAAAUACCCCUGUUAGCUGAAUCUUCACUAGUGGCGAGUAGCAGUUUAGAUGAAACAAGUGUACCUGAAUCUGCAAGAAUGCGUUCUAAUUAUCCCGAAGAAAACUAUGGUGGUUGGUGUUCAUCAUCAGAAAUAUCCUCUUCAUUAUCAUAUGAAUGGCUACAAGUUAAUCUUGGAAAUUUAACUUAUUUAACAAGAAUUGAAAUUAAAUAUCGUUUUCUCCAUGAUAAUCGUCAACUAACUAAACAUUACCAAUCAUCAUCCUAUCGUCUUGAAUAUACUCGUGAUAAACACUCAACAUUAAAUACAACAUGGAAAAAAUAUCGACCAAAAGUCAAACAUCAUCAUCAUGAUUCAAAUCAAACAACGACAUCCUUUGAUCCUCCCAUUAUUGCGACAAGUAUUCGACUUAUACCAGAGAGUCAAUCAAUGUGUUUACAAUUAGAAUUAUUUGGAUGUCCAUUUACCGAUGGCGUCGUCUCUUAUAGCAUGUUCCAAGGUGUAACAACAAAUUUAUUAUUAGAAGAUGAAACUUAUGAUGGAUACUAUGAUACAAAUACAAAAUUUCUAUCGGGCGGUUUGGGUCAAUUAUCUGAUGGCCAGACUGGUGCUGAUAACUAUCGUGAAAAUCGUGGAUACAAAUGGGUUGGUUGGCGUGAUAAUCAUGUUGAUAAAAAGCCAAUAUCAAUUGUGUUUAAUUUUGACUAUAUACGAAAUUUUAGUCGUUUAACAAUUCAUGCUAAUAAUUAUUAUACAAAUGGUGUUUAUGUAUUUCGUUCAGCUGUAAUAAAAUUUAGUCGUUCGGAACAAGAUUAUAAUAAUACUCCUUCUCUCGUCUAUCAUCAUCAACGUGAUGAAAAUUUUGAUUUAGCUCGACCAGUAAUGAUCGACUUAAAAUAUCAUGUUGGCUCACGUAUUCAAUUAGAGCUUUACUUUGAUAGUAACUGGUUAUUGAUUAGUGAAGUAACAUUUGAUUCAUUUAUUGUUGGCAAUAUCGAACGAGUUAUUUCAAUUAGUAGUUCAUCUAUAUCAUCGAAAAUAAAUCGUACACGUAAACGACCACUAUCAAAGCCAUUUGAGGAAACUGAACUAUUAUUUAAAAAUAAAAAUUCAUUUAAUCAUGAUCAACUACUAACAUCAUCUAUUCUACCACGUUCUAGUCGUCCAGUAUUGGCAAAUAUUUGGGUCUAUCUUAUUGCUUGUUUAUCAGCUAUUAGUAUUUUAUUAAUGUUUGGUGCCAUCAUAUUAUUAAUUCGUCGAACAACCACAUCACAAUCGGCUACACCUUCUAAAAAACGUUUAACAUCACCCAGUUGGACACAUCAUUCCUCACAACAUCAUUACUUUCAACCAAUAUCAUCACCAUCUCUCUCACAUCCUACUACCACUACGACAACAAACUCUUCGACAAGUGAAGAUAUAGAUACCACACAUGAGCAAAAUCACGCUCUUACCUAUGGCUAUGCAACAAUUAGUGGUGGUCAACACGAUUAUACAUCGCCCGUACUUUAUGCUUCAUAUGGCACAUCAAAAGCACAUCAACAUCUCUAUUGUUCAUCAUGUUAUUCAUCUUCUAAAACAACGACGCCAACAAAAAUGGUUGUACCAAUGACUCAUGAUCAAUCUUUACAUAUUCAAGGUGUCUGCGGCAACAGUCAGUAUUAUACUCAACGACUACUUGGAUUUGAUUUAGCUCGAGCACAAUUUAUUCCAAGUAGUUCAAUUACAAUUAAACGAAAAUUUGGGCCAGGACAAUUCGGAGGAGAGGUUUGCCAGGGUGAAUUACAGCUUCAACAUUCGGAAAAUACAACUGUUCCCGUGAUUAUACGUCGACUUCAUUCAACUGCAUCUAUACAAGCUCGUGUAUCAUUUUUCAAUGAAAUUAGUCUUUUAACAUCGUUAUGUCACUUGAAUAUAUUACAUUCAUAUGGUUUCUGUAGCGAACCAGUGUCUCUAAUCACAGAAUAUAUCGAUACUGUUGAUUUAUACCAAUAUCUUCGAUAUUAUCGCAAUAAGUUAGAAUUGGUUAAUCAACAUCUGUCAAAUUUAUAUUCCACUGUCUACUAUUUCGGAAGUCAAAUAGCAUCAGCAUUAAACUAUUUAGAAUCAUUUCAUAUUGUUCAUCGAGAUUUGGCAGCAAGAAAUUGUCUAGUUUGUUUAAAUUUGACAAUAAAACUACAAGAUUUAGCCAUGUGUAAAGAACCUUAUAAAGACGAUUAUUAUCCUGUACAAAUUGGUACACAACAAGAAGAAAAAUCAUUGAGACCUAUCCGAUGGUCUGCUUGGGAGACAAUUUGUUGUAAUCGUUUUUCGUCAAAGUCGGAUGUGUACUCGUUUGGUGUCUUAUUAUGGGAAAUAUUGACGAUGGCCGAACAACGGCCACAUGCUCUAUUGGAUGAUGAACAAGUUCUAACAAAUCUAAAAUUAUUAAACUCAUCAUCGCUUACAUCUAAUAUUGAUUUAAUUUUAAAUAAUGAUCUUACACCGCCAAUUUCGAAUUUGACUUUGUCGUUACCAGAAACGUGUCCAAAAGGAUUAUUUCAUUUAAUUCAUUCAUGCUGGAAUAAAUUUGACUAUAAUCGUCCAACGUUUCAUGAUAUCGACCAUUUUUUUCAACAAAUGGCACAUUCACCAACUCAACAGCAAAACAAAACUGCUGAUGCCAAUAUGAUUUCUCCUAAUAACAUACAAAUAAUAUAA